AUGGCUGACAAUACCUCCGCUACUCCUGCACCAGCCUCAGCCCCAGGGCGUGGCAGUGGCCGUCGUCGUGGCCGCGGAGGGACCCAUCCUCCUGGUCGUUCUGAUAAACCCCACGACACUGCAGAUGGCGCCGCCAGAGGGGGCAACCCCCGCGGUCGCGGCGCACGAGGUGGACGCGGUGGUCGUGGACGAGGAGGUGCUGGAGCUCAGGGCAGAGAUCAGCAACAAAAUGGUGUUAACGACUCGGACUCUCAAGCUGCGCCGACCGCGGCUGUCGAGAACGCGAAAGACGUUCCCGCCGCUACCGAUGACGCCGAUGAUGGUGAAAUUUGUUUCAUUUGUGCAUCGACUGUCGAGCACACGUCCGUGUCACCCUGCAACCAUCGCACAUGUCAUAUUUGUGCGCUCCGCCUACGUGCUUUGUACAAAAAUAAGGGCUGCGCACACUGUCGAACUGAAUCCGCAUUUGUUGUCUUCACCGACGAUCCUGUCCGCCGAUUUGAAGAUUUCGAUCAGAAAGACUUUGCUCGAACAGAUGAGAAUUUGGGCAUUCUGUACGAGAAAGAUGAGAUCUUUGAGGACACAGUCUUGUUGCUUCGAUACAACUGCCCAGAUAAGGACUGCGAUGUCGCCUGUCUUGGCUGGCCAGAUCUACACCGUCAUGUCAAGAGCAAGCACGGGAGGGUGAUUGAUCUCUGCACGCGAAACAAAAAAGUGUUCACCCAUGAACAUACACUUUUCACCAUGGCCGAACUGCGAAAACAUGAAAAGCAUGGUGAUCACAAGCCUGGUUCCAUCGACCAGAGUGGCUUCAAAGGCCAUCCCGAGUGCGGCUUCUGUCGGAUUCGAUUCUACGGCGACGACGAACUCUACACUCACUGCCGAGACAAGCACGAACGGUGUCACAUUUGUGACCGACGCGCGUCCCACCGUCAACAGCAGUACUACAUUGAUUACAAUGCUCUGGAGAGCCAUUUUCAGAAGGAUCAUUUCUUGUGCCUUGACAAGGAAUGUUUGGAGAAGAAAUUCAUGGUCUUUGAGUCGCAGAUGGAUUUGAAGGCGCAUCAAAUCGAGGCUCAUCCUAAUGGAGUAUCCAAGGAUGUUCGUCGAGAUGCGCGGAUGGUCGAUCUCGCCGAAUUCGACAUUCGAACCCCAUACCAACCUCAGCGUCAGCGACGCGGGGCCGGUCGUGGGCGGGAUCCAAAUGCUGAGCCCUUGCCAGUAUCCAGUGCUCAGCCGUUGGGCCGCGCGGAACAAGCCUUCCAGCGACAACAAGCUAUUCAGAGUGCUCAAUCAGUGACGACGCGCAGUUUCGGUGGACAGCUCAGUCGAAAUGACACGCAGACAGUGCAAGCACCUUCCCGGUCCGCCGCAGCCACACCAAACCCAGCCUCGCGAUCUCGUCCACCCCCAACGGCUGAGCUGGAGAGUCUCAGCAUCGCAGCCAGCUCCGAGCCACUGAGUCCACAAGACCAAGCUCGUCGCCUGCGGCACGCUGCAGUCGUCGAGCGUGCCUCAAACCUCCUCCACAACGAUGCCACAAAGUUGGCCGAGUUCCGAAAGAGAGUCUCUGACUUCCGUUCAUCGUCUAUCAGUGCGACAGGGCUCAUCGACGCAUUCUUCUCUCUCUUCGACACGUCUAGCUCCGAGUUGGGUAAGCUUAUCAAAGAACUGGCGGAGAUUUACGAGGAUGAUAGCAAGCGAUCCAGCUUGCUCCAGGCAUGGAACGACUGGCGAGCUAUCAACGAGGACUACCCUGCCCUACCGGGUCCUGGGGGCCUCUUACCUGGCAUGUCACCGGGCACCGUGAGUACAGGUGGCAGCCGUGUAUUGCGUCUGAAGUCAUCUACAGCGCAAUCAUCACGUUCUGCUGUUGGCCGCAGUGGUGCCAAUUCAUCCUCGUCCGCCAACCCAUUCCCUCCUCUCUCUGCAGCCGUUGGGAGCUCAUCUCGCCGUAACAACGCUGCUUCAUCAACUCCCUGGGCUGCUGCUGCGCCUCCCUCGUCAAUCAGUCGUCCAUCCUACACGAACCCCAUACCUCGCUCCGCUCCAGCUACAUCAAGCAAUUCAGCCCGUCCCGGUGCUAGCGCUGAUUCGUUCCCCGCCUUGCCUGUGGCUGCCAAGCCAAACGUUCUGAUGCCCGGCAAAACUCGUGGGUACGUACGAUGGGAUGAACAGAAGGCUCCCCCGGCCAACGCCUGGGGUGGUUCCAAUCCCUCUUCGGGUAUGACGUCCCCGUCCGAGCCAUUGGAGGACAUGGACGACGAUCCUAGCGAUGGGAAAAAGGGCAAGAAGAAGAAGGGCAAGCAAACCCUCUUCCACUUUGGAUGA